GACUAGGGCGAAGAAACCCUUAGCAAUUAUUUUCCACCUCUGGUCUUGUGGAAAAAAUUAACCGAAGAAACAUCACAUCCACGAACCACUAGCCAAUCUAUCCAUCCAUCCAUCUAAGCAAGACUUCAACACCCAUUUUUCAGCGAUACCACAUACAAAUCGCAAUCAUGGGUAAAGGAAAGCCUCGUGGACUUAACGCAGCCCGCAAGCUGCGACUGCACCGAAAGGAGCAGAAGUGGGCCGAUCUCGGAUACAAGAAGCGCGCUCUCGGUACCGCUUUCAAGUCCUCGCCGUUCGGUGGUUCCUCUCACGCCAAGGGUAUCGUCCUCGAGAAGGUCGGUGUCGAAGCCAAGCAGCCCAACUCUGCUAUCCGAAAGUGUGUCCGUGUCCAACUCAUCAAGAACGGAAAGAAGGUUACUGCUUUCGUCCCCAAUGACGGUUGCUUGAACUUCGUGGACGAGAACGACGAAGUCCUGCUUGCUGGUUUCGGUCGCAAGGGCAAGGCCAAGGGUGAUAUUCCCGGUGUGCGAUUCAAGGUCGUCAAGGUUUCCGGUGUCGGUCUGCUAGCUCUAUGGAAGGAGAAGAAGGAGAAGCCGAGAUCAUAGACGUUUGGUCGGGGACGAAGGAAAUUAAGGAAAAUGUGCAACGCGAGAAGGUUCAUUGGGCAUGCGGAGUCGAUACGGCUUGCUUUGUUUCAUCACGGCAUCAUAGGUUCGGGCCUUGAUACUCAUUCACAGGCAGACGAGAUCCACAAAUAGAGAUUCUGCGUCGCCAAAGCAA